AUGUCAGAUUGUACUUCGUCCAACUCAGUGUCAGUGGAAGAGUUUAACCCAGACCCAGUGAAUGAGCUUGAGAAAAAAGAGUCAAAUGUCACCGUCACGACCGUGUCUCAGCUACCUGAACCAAACUAUGAGAAUAUAUCUGUCAUUAGGGAGAUUUUAUUCAUGUUUUUUAUGUGUAUGUCACAAUUAUUAACUCAGGCAGCCGUGUCUCAAACAAUGAACACGCAAUUAAAGAUUGCUGACACGUACAGUAUUCAAGACGACCCGGGAGAAAUGUCUUGGUUUGCUGCCAGUUUUUCUAUGACAGCAGGUACCUUUAUUUUAGUUUCAGGGAGACUAGGCGACAUGUAUGGAUACAAACUCUUGUACAUUAUUGGAUAUUUGUGGUUUGGAGUGUUUUCGUUGUUGUGUGGAUUUGCUGGAUUAACAAAGUCAAAUGUUUUUUUCACAACCAUGAGAGGUUUACAAGGGAUAGGUCCAGCAUUAAUGAUGCCCAAUAGUCAAGCUUUAAUUGCAUCUUUUUACCCAGAAUCACUCAAGAAAAAUGUCUGUUUAGCUUUGUUUGGAGCAAUAGCUCCCAGCGGGUUUGUGGUAGGAGCUUUGUUUAGUGGAUUGUUGGCUGACCUUGCAAAAUGGCAAUGGACAUUUUGGUUAUGUGGAAUUGUGAGUAUUGGCUUAGCAGCAUUGGCGUUUUUUAUUAUCCCAAAAAAGAUUGGUCUCAAGUCUAGUGGGAAAUUCGACUUUUGGGGCUCUCUUUUCGGAGUUUCUGGCUUAGUCUUGAUUAAUUUUGCUUUCAAUCAAGGUCCCAACAUUGGAUGGCAUGUACCUUAUGUUUAUGUGUUGUUAAUUGUCGGGUUUCUUUGUAUUGUGGCAUUCCAUUUUGUUGAAGAAAGAGUAGAAGAUCCAUUGGUGCCCAAAGAGGCCUUACAGGGAGACACUGGAUUUAUUUUAGGCUGUAUUGCUGCAGGUUGGUCAUGCUUUGGUGUUUGGUUAUUCUAUACACUUAGAUGGUCACUUGUGGUUGACAAUGACAAUGCAGUGAUGUCUGGUGUAAAGAUGAUUCCAUGUGGACCAAUGGGAGUUGUUGCUGCAAUUGGUGGUGCUAUAUUGUUAAUGAAAGUACCAUCAGCAGUAGUAAUGUUUCUUGCUAUGAUGGCAUUUUUCAUUGGCAUAGUAAUAAUGGGAACUCGUCCAGUUGGGCAAAUAUACUGGGCGCAAAAAUUUGUCAGUUUGUUAAUUCAGCCUAUUGGAAUGGAUAUGUCAUUCCCAGCAGCCUGUAUUUUAUUAAGUUCCUCAUUGCCAAGACAUCAACAAGGGAUAGCUGGGUCAUUGGUCUCAACAUUUGUCAACUACUCUAUCUCUAUCGGGUUGGGAUUUGCUGGUACUGUUGAAUACUACACUACAAAGAAUAAAGAGCCAAAUUUGAGUACCAGUAUAUUUGGUAUGAGAAAUGCUUUUAGAAUGGGGAUGGGUUUGGCUGGUGUGGGUGUUGUGCUUUCUUCCAUAUUUAUGUUGCUCCAAAUCAUCAACAGAAGAAAGCUGACACGGUCACAAGAUGUAUAA